GUGUAGAUCAACUGGGUGACGCGAAGAAGCGAAGAAGCAACGAAGAACAAGAAGAAAAGGGUACCUAAGGUAUACAACGCGACGGAAUAAUAAUAAUAUACCCAAUAAUAUACCCGUGAGGUGUCAUCCUAUCAUUUAUCAUUUGUCAACCUCUUUAACUUAGGUACUAUUCGUAAAUAUUGCCCUCUAAAAUUCCACUUUCCUCUAUGCGCGACACCUCGCGACUUGCGGGGCCCUGAUCCGCCUUAAUGAUUUCCAUCACGGCGUACCGCUCUUUAACAUCUUGAAAAGCCAUACGUCGCGACUAUGGCUACUCCGACUCGCGAUCCAGGUGCUCUUCGAAAGCGAAGGCGGAGAAGAAGGCAGGAUAAGCCUGCUUUACCAGCAAAGCUUGUACUGGACAAUCAUAUGAAAGGAGAUGUCGGCAUAUUAUCCAAGAACCUAUUCGCUGAUUUGUUCCCUCACUUACAAAACGGUGAUACAGAUUCGGUUGAAGACGAGAGCAGCCAACCUCUCAACCCUCUCAACCCUCUCAACAUCCAGCAUGUUGCCAUUGCCCCGUGGACGCCGUCUCCGAAUCCCCAACGGAUAAACUGGACUAUAGUCCCCAUCGCUAGAUCAAGCUCCCUUGCCGAUUCUACCAUCCAAUUCUCCCCUUCGUCCCUUGCCCUACAAAGUUUUGCGACAACGUUGCAGCAGGUUGCACCCUCGAGGCUUUCUGGCCAUAACAGAGGCGGCAUCGAAGUUCUGGUCUUAGACGUGGCCACUAUUCCCUUGGAUACUGUUUUUGUACACCUCGAAAGUGACUUGGUGAAGAGACUUGAGAAUGGGGAAGGGACUUUCUUUAACGAUCAUCUCUCCGUUGAAAAGAAAGCGGCUACGGGACCCAACGUAUCGACGGAUCGUCUCGCUGCUGCGUUGCGUGUAGCUUUGGGCACCUUGAAGAUCGUUCAUAACGGAGACCUAUUCCCUUUACCAUUGCCUCCGCAUCCUAUUACACACGUACCUCCUACGCCUGGCAAGGUAACACUUUGCGAGCCCGUAGCACAAGGCAUCUUAGCACCAACCACCAAGAUCAUUUUGACGAGGGGUCACACUCAAUCGAAGCAAGCUCGAGGCGCCAUUACCUCACCCCAAGCUUUAAAUACCGUGGAUCAGGAUGGCGAGGACACAGCAACCGACCAGUUUUAUUCUGCUACCGAAGAACGAGAUAAGGCGGAUGGUCCGAGCGAGACGUCGGAUAUUAUAACAGAUGUCGACACGGAAAUUUCAGAACCUGAGAAUGAAGAUGAACUCUCCGACGAUUCACUUGACGACAUCAUUUCUCUUCAAGCUCCAUCGCUGCCAUCCACCAACGCUAGCGGCGUCUCUACCAUGCAGCCAGGAACACCAUUGACACUUGGACGAGGAAGGAUUGGUAACGGCGUGAAUACUCCCUCGGUCUUUUCUAGUUUUACCGCUACAACCGCUCGCCAAGAUCGUCCCAAAGGUCGCCUGUUCAAGGCCCACGGCUUGAUGAGCCAAAUACCAUCAGAAUUACUUCACCCUAAACCAACAGCCGAAGACGAUGAAGAGGCAAGGGUAUACGUAGAUAUCAUCUCUUUAACUAGGAUAGGCUGUUUCUCCGGGGACUGGGUCCGACUCGAGGCCUCAGAGGAACCUCCCGCAAACGGAAUCGGUUUGUUCGGCCUAGGCAGCUUCGGACAACCAGGGGAGGAAGAGUCAAUAUGGCGACCAGCUAAGAUUUAUGGGCUCCCAGAGGGUUAUUCCCACAGGCCCAUGACUAGAAUCCCAAGCUCAAAGCACGAUGUAAAUGAUCGAAGGCCAUCGUUCUUUGACUCCAAAGUUCCAACGCAUACUGGACCUAGUGCGUAUAUGUCGCCCCUCUUGCUCGCAAACCUAGAGGGUGCGCCUUACGUUCGCCUAUCUCCGUUGAAAAGAAUAGCUCAGCCUCCGAGGCCAGGCCAGGCAAAAAUCACCGGAUCGACCCGCCCCCCCUACGCUCGCGAUGUCACUCUUCAGCAGAUACGGACUCCCGUCUCUUCCGAGAAAGCUCUUCAGACGGCUAUAUUCGGCGGGCUCAAGGAUCACUUCGCGCGAAGUAUUCGCGUAGUCAAAACUGGUGAUUUAGUUGGGAUUCCAAUUGACACGCAACUCGGACGUACCCUCCGGGAAUCAACAAAUACCGGAGAUGGUCUUGUUCUUGACGAUGUCGUAGCUCUUACGGCUUCAAGCAGGUCCGGCGCGGUAGCUACGUCAAAACCGGACGCCGUCGCUUGGUUCAAAAUCGCUCAUAUAGAACGUCAGAAGACGGAACCCGUCGACGAAGAGGAAGAAGAGGAUAUUUGGGGUGGUGUAGCUUGUGUCGACAGCUCUUCAACUCAGAUUGCCCAAUCUGGCGGUACUACUAGUUGUCUACCAGGCACGAAAGAUAGUAAUUGGCCUUACUAUUUAGGCGUCGAAGAAGCUCCUCGGCCUAUAUCCGGUGCCCUGUCUUCGGUGGUACAGCCUCAGACGAGGUUUACCCCGCCCCUAAGACGACGAUUGAGAGAGUUACUGGCGGCUGCUACGAGUAAACGAGCUGUUCAUCUUAAAAUGCCCCCGGUUGCUGUUCUUCUCGUGUCAAACCAACGCAACAUAGGCAAGGCCACUUUGGCUACCAAUGCUUGUGCAGACAUCGGUCUACAUACAUUCACUAUCGAUUCUUAUGACGUGGUCAAUGAGAGUGGAGCUGGGGGGAGCGAUGUCAAAACUGAAGGCCUCCUGAAGGCGCGAGCAGAUCGUGCCAUGAGUUGCGGACCGGAAUGCUGUGCUCUGCUUAUUCGACACAUCGAAGCCCUCACGGCCGACAGGAUGGUAGCUGCAAUGAAGGAAGUUCUCAGUGACACUAGAGUAUUGAUUGCGACGACAACCGAAGUAGACAAGGUGCCGGACGGAAUUAGAGGACUCUUUACCCACGAGCUCGAAAUGAGCGCUCCCGACGAAGGCGAACGUGAAAGCAUUUUACAAUCCAUAAUACAAAACCGAGGGGUAUCUUUAGCUCCUGAAGUUGAGCUAAGUGGAGUCGCUAUUAAAACUGCAGCUCUAGUUGCUGGUGAUCUAGUUGAUGUGGUUGAGCGUGCGAUAGUCGCGCGUGACUCACGUCUAGAGAAACUGUCGACGAAGGUCUCGAACAACAAUUCGAUUGUCACUGUUCGCGAUGUACAAGUGGCAGGAGGUUCGUCUGCGAGGUGUCUCACGAAGGCUGACUUCGAAAUUGCUGUGGACGCGGCACGGAAGAAUUUCGCAGACGCAAUUGGCGCACCGAAGAUUCCGAAUGUCACCUGGGAUGAUGUUGGUGGUCUCAGCAAUGUCAAGGAAGCGGUCAUGGAGACCAUCCAACUCCCGUUGGAGAGACCAGAGUUAUUUGCUAAAGGAAUGAAGAAGCGUUCCGGCAUCUUGUUCUACGGCCCACCCGGUACGGGUAAGACGUUGUUAGCAAAGGCAAUUGCCACAGAGUACAGCUUGAAUUUCUUCAGCGUGAAGGGUCCCGAGCUGCUAAACAUGUAUAUUGGAGAGUCCGAAGCCAAUGUCCGCCGCGUCUUCCAGCGAGCCCGAGAUGCGAGACCCUGUGUUGUCUUCUUCGACGAACUUGAUUCGGUUGCUCCGAAACGAGGAAACCAGGGUGACAGCGGAGGUGUCAUGGAUCGUAUCGUCUCCCAGCUUUUAGCAGAACUCGAUGGCAUGUCCGGGGGAGAUGACGAAGGAGGCGGCGUCUUCGUUAUUGGCGCUACAAAUCGACCCGAUCUACUCGAUCAAGCGUUGCUACGUCCCGGUAGAUUUGACAAGAUGCUCUACCUUGGCGUGUCCGACACGCACGAAAAGCAGAUCACAAUUAUGGAAGCCCUAACAAGAAAAUUUACACUCCACCCGUCCGUCUCGUUACCGGCUGUUGCAGAGCACCUGCCCUUCACUUAUACAGGUGCCGAUUUCUACGCAUUAUGCAGCGACGCCAUGCUUAAGGCGGUUACGCGACAGGCGUCUCUAGUAGACACCAAGAUUCGGGCUAUCAACGCGGAGCGGGAGAAAGAAGGACACAGUCCAAUCUCCACAGCUAACUUCUUCGACCACCACGCCAUGCCCGAAGACGUCGCUGUCAUGGUCACAGAGCAAGACUUCCUCGACGCGAAUCGGGAACUAAUCCCCAGCGUCAGCGCCGGCGAGCUCGCCCACUACGAGCAAGUCCGCGCCACCUUCGAAAACCAAGACUCCAAACCUCAGAAGCAACAACAACGACCGGCCUCACCGCCGCCCCAGCCAGAAAUAGCCGAGGCUCCAUCGACGCCGGCGUUCCGCAGGCCGAAGUCCCGGUCGAUCUCGAGCAACAAGGGCAAAGGCAAACCGACGACACCCACCAGCACCAGCAGCACCAACAGCAAGGGGAAAGGGAAGGCCCUCGCCAACGCCAGCGACGAGGGGAGCGAGAACGAGGCGGGAAGCGGGUACGGUGGGAACAGCCUGACGAAUGGGAGGAGGAGAAGCGGGAGCGGGAGUACGACUAAGGGGAAGGGUAAAGCACAACAACAGGCUUCACCAACAGCGAAGUUUAACCACGGGACGGCGAGCGAUGACGAGGGCCUUUACUAAAUGGAUAUUCUGGGUGCCGUCGAAAAAUUGUGAGGGAGGGUGGUAUAUAGGUAUAUAGGUAUAGAGAGAGAGAGAAAUGGUAGGAGUAGUAUAAUAUAUUUGGAAGGGUAUAUACUAUAUACCUACCUACCUAACCUAAGUAAUACAAAAGAUAUAUAUAUAUAUAAUCUACUAUUAACUAUUAAAUAUUAACUAUUAACUAUUGUAAUAACUAUUAUAAUAACACGUUAUUCGUCGAACAAGAAAAAAAACGUGUUCCCGUCUUCCAUGCAAUAAUACUGUAUACUGCUACCAAGGUUUUCGCAGAUUAAGGUAAUCGAUAGUCUUUAUAUUUAUUUUGUCUUCUCUUCGCAAAUUUGGUAUCUAAUUAGCGC